AUGUUCUGUUUGUACGGGGGGGGGGUAGAUGCUGAGCUGACCUUUGAACCCAACUCAACCGCUCUAUAUUCUGGGGAGCACGUUAAUCUCACGUGUCACAUGAGAGAAUCAAAUGUCAGUGAGUGGUUUUAUGAGUUCAAGUGGAACGACAAACCACUGGUUCCCAUCUCCUCCACUAACGUGCUCAGGAUUCCAGAGCUAACGCCCGACAGGAACAGGGAUUAUCAGUGCAUCGCUCACCACAACAGCUCAGAAGAGAACAAACGGAGCAACAGGGCCACUCUCUCUGUGUCAGCACACAGACCCAGAGCCACAGUGAGAGCAUCCAGGACGUCCAUCCCAGUGGGCGGCUCUUUGACUCUGACCUGUUCUGUGGAGGAGUCUGCGGGUUGGAGCUACGACUGGUUCACACGUUCCCCAGACGCUGAGGAAACCGCCAUCGCAACAAAUCCUGUGCAAAACUCUCUGAGCAUCUCACAGGGAGGCAGCUACUGGUGCAGGGGAAGAAGGACUCACUCAGAUUUCUUCUCAGAGAAGAGUCACGUGCAUCACAUCGACAGAACCUUGUCAAACAGAAGCUUUGUCGUGCUGCAACACAACCUGACUCAGAUAUUCAGCGGUGAGACGAUCUCUGUCAGGUGUGAGAUCCAGGGAGGAGGAGACACCCAGUGGGAAUAUGAAUGGAGGACAACAAGCUCCCACCAACCAGUCACUGGUCCAGACACAGCUCCCACACACAGUGAAUACAGGCUGGGCACUGCCUCUGUUUUCCACAGUGGAGAGUACUGGUGUAAGGCCAGAGCGGACUGGUAUUCCUCAACAGAGUGGAGUGAGGCCUUCCAGCUGAGAGUAACACCCGAUAAACCCAGGCCCAGGCUGACUGCCGAUAGCACAACCAUCACAGGAAAGGGACGCGUAGCACUGAGCUGCUCUGUGGAGAACGCAGCUGAGUGGAGAUACGACUGGUUCAGAAGAACCUCAGCCUCCUCUGCAGCUCAGAUCCUAAGAUAUAACGAAACAGAUGAUGGAAUCAGCAUCUCAGAGGAAGGCAUCUACAGCUGCAGAGGACGGAGAGGAGACACAACCUUCCUCACAGAGGACAGCAACCGAGUCACAAUAGAGAACAGAGUUUCCCACAAGGCGUCUGUGGCCCUGCAGCCUGACUGGUCUCUGGUCUUCAGCGGUGAGACGAUCACUGUCCGGUGUGAGGUCCCUGCAGAUGUACCAGCUGAGUGGGAGUAUGAAUGGACCAAACCCAACUCAACUACGGUUCCAACACACAAUGAAUACAGGAUUGUCAAUGCGUCCUCGUCCGACAGUGGAAGCUACAGGUGUUUGGCUAAAGACAAGAAGAACUUGAAUUCCACGACCGAGUGGAGCGAUGACAUCACAUUAACAGUUUCUGAAAGACCAGCGGCUAACCUGAGUGCUGACCACAGCGCCUUUCCAGUAGCGGGCAGUGUGCUCCUGACCUGCUCCGUGGGCCCAGCAUCACCUGGAUGGAAGUAUUAUUGGUACAGAGGUGAGAAAACCUCUGAGCCCCUGACGGAUGAGGAUUUCAAGUCAAAUGGACAAAGUGCUCGUGCCUCACGUGAAGGACUGUACUGGUGCAGAGGAGGAAGAGGAGAUCCAGUUCACUACACCCAGUACAGUAACUCAGUCAGGAUUCAUGGAAUCGUCCACAACAGAGCUGCUGCGACUCUUCAACCCAACUGGCCGAACACAUACAGAGGAGAAGCCGUCACCCUGAGGUGUGAGAUCCAGGGAGGAGACUCUGAGUGGGAGUAUGAAUGGACAGCAACCAGCUCACAUGCACCUCCCAACACAAAGGAGUUCAGGAUCAGUCUGGGGUCAGAUCUGAGCGGCAGCUACUGGUGUCAGGGCCGACUGAAAGGUGCACGGCAGAACUCCACAGGAUGGAGUGUUCCCCUCACAUUGUCUAACGCGGCUGCACCACGACCUGUCGUCACUGUGUCUCCGUCAUGGCUGACUCCUGGAGCCUCCGUGACUCUCACCUGUGGGGGGGGUCCACGUCCCACUGCAGGGUGGAGGUUCUACUGGUACAGACCAAUUCCUUCCGACUUCAGUUAUGAGCUGCUCCCAGGAAGCGACGGAGGAACUGAACAAAACUCCUUCGUCAUCCAAGGCCUGACGGAGUCAGCAGGUUAUGCAUGUCGAGCUGGAAGAGGAGACCCCGUGUUUUACACUGAGUACAGUGAGACAAAGUGGGUGUGGUCUGUAGAUUCCAAUUCGUCAGUGUCUCUCAAAGUGAGUCCGGACUCAGUGCAGCACCACUAUCGUGACCAAGUCGGUCUGACCUGCAAGGGAAACUCUGAUAAGUGGAGAUUGUGGAGGUUUAAUAGACACGAACAACGCAGUCAACAUCACUAG